UCCAUAGAGGCAUCUCAAGCACCUUCUGUCCACCAUGUUUGUCUCCUUCUUCCUUCUGUGGCUCAUCAUUUGCUUUUUUAUCAUUCAAUUCAAAAGUCGCAGGCCAAAGAACUUUCCUCCUGGACCCAUUACAUUGCCAUUAUUAGGAAACCUACACAAUUUGAGUUUGGACAAUCCCCUGCAAGAUUUCGAGAGGCUGCGUUUGAAGUAUGGAAAUAUCUACAGUCUUUACCUUGGAUCUAAACCAAUGGUGAUGCUUUGUGGGGUGCAAGCCAUAAAGGAGGCUCUGGUAAAUAAAGCUGUAGAGUUUGCUGGAAGACCUCAGGACAUGUAUGUCAAUAUCACAACUGAGAGCAAAGGAGUGAUUCUGGCUGAUUAUGGCCCCAGAUGGAAGGAACAUCGACGUUUUGCCCUCAUGACACUAAGAAACUUUGGUCUUGGAAAGCAGUCAAUGGAAGAGAGAAUUCUGGCAGAAUUACAACACACAAGUGCAGAUUUAGAAAGCAGUAUUGGCUCAGUUCUGAGUCCUCAAGUGAUGUUCCACAAUGCUUCCUCCAACAUCAUCUGUCAGGUCCUGUUUGGGAUGCGCUUUGACUACAACGAUUGGACUAUGAAGGAGAUUGUUCGCUGCUUCACUGAGAAUGCCAAGUUAGCCAACGGACCCUGGGCUAUGCUAUACGACUCAGUUCCUUGGAUUCGUCACUUGCCACUUCCAUUCAACAAGGCAUUCACAAAUAUAGCAGUCUGCCAAAGUAUCGCUAUUCCUUGGAUUACUGAGCACAAAAAGACUAGAGUUCCAGGACAACCACGGGACUUUGUGGACUGCUAUCUGGAUGAGCUGGAAAAGAGAAGCAAUGAUCCUGACUCGACUUUCUCUGAAGACCUCCUCUCCAUGUACUCCCUGGAUCUUCACUUUGCUGGAACUGACACGACUUCCAACACCCUGUUGACUGGUUUUCUUUAUCUCAUGACUAACCCAGACAUUCAGGAGCGGUGUCAGGCAGAGAUAGAUAGAGUUUUGGAGGGGAAAGAUAAAGCCUGUUUUGAGGACAGACACAACAUGCCUUAUGUUCAGGCUGUGAUCCAUGAAAUGCAGAGAAUAGCCAACACUGUCCCACUAAGUGUUUUCCAUAACACAACUAAAGACACAGAGGUCAUGGGAUACACCAUUCCCAAAGGGACUAUGGUCAUUCCUAACCUGUCAUCUGUGCUGAGUGAGGAGGGUCAGUGGAAGUUUCCUCGUGGCUUUCACCCUGAGAACUUCCUCAAUGAUCAGGGAGAGUUUGUGAAGCCAGAGGCCUUCAUGCCCUUCUCUGCAGGUCCUCGGAUGUGUCUGGGGGAGGGUUUGGCUCGAAUGGAGCUCUUUCUCAUCACAGUGACACUGCUCAGAAAGUUUAAGUUCAUCUGGCCUGAAGAUGCUGGAGAACCGGACUACACUCCUGUUUAUGGAGUCACACUCACACCAAAACCAUACUUCAUGAAGGUGCAGCUCCGGGAAAUGCACUGAAUGUUUUGUUUUCACUGUCUGUAUAUAGAGCUUAUACUAUACUUAACCAACCUUACUUUCAUUGAUUUAGAUUACCAUGAGUGCCAGUAGUUGAUGAUGUUGUAUAAACAUUUUGUGCUAUUACAAUACUUGUGUUUCACGUAGUACUAUCUAACAAUGUAUAGUGAUGUCUUUCUGAAUUUUGCAUUGAUGUUCUGACUGAACUGUUUUUCUUUUUCUUUUUUUUUUUCUUUUUUUUUUUUUUUUGUAAAUUUUGGAAAUAAAGGUAAUAAAGGUAAAGGUAAUACUC